GGACGAAGUAGAAAUAGUCGUAUCCACUUACUAGACUUAGGGUUGUUGUAUUACUAAAUUUGUUUUGAUGAAAACCCAUGCUUUCCGCAAAGGAUUGGCGUUCUUAUACACAUCGCCCACGAUAAAAAGUUACACAGAUGCUUGCGAGGCUCCUGUCGCGAUGUGGAACGGUGCAAUUCCUUUGAAGCAAACACUAGUCAAGAAAAAUGGAAAUUUUGUGAGUGUUGUGAAAAAAACAUAUUCACACCCGCCGGAAAUUUCACCUACACAUUUGAACUUCAAUGAUAUUGAUUCAAUGUAUUGUAUCGGCAAUGACGAGUUGAUUCGGUACUUUCCAGAAGGUCUUGGGGGAAAAGUUAUGCAGCUAAUGCCACCAGGCCACCCCCGUGGCUUCUUAUAUAGGAAAGAGAGUCAUCUUUUGAAUAUAUUUAUUCAUAAGCUCACAUUCCGGGAAACUAAGUGGAGUGUUGCUAAGACUUUGAGUGCUGGAAGGCCGGGCUUCAUUCUGGACGGUCCCACAGGAUGCGGCAAAAGUGCUUUGAUUUGCCAAGCGGUACAUUUCGCGCGGUCACGCGAUAUUCUCACACUGUACGUGCCAAAUGCCAAGGUGUGGUCCCAUGGCGAAUGGUGUUGGCCCAGCGUGAUUUUGCCAGGUUUUUUUGAUGCACCUGACGCUUCACGGGAGUUUCUUAAAAGUUUUUCUAUUUCUAAUCGUAGCAUUUUGGAGAAUUGGUUGCUCAGAUGCACACCGAGUGAUCUUCCCAUAGACCAAGGUGAAACAUCACCUAAAACUCUUCUACAGCUCUGUGAGUGGGGUCACCAGGCAGUCGCUCCAGCUUCCAUAGAUCGACAAAGUGUUUGUAUGAAGUUUCUCUUUGAUGAGCUAAGUGCAGAAAAAGAGAAGCCAAUUUUGAUCGUUGUAGAUGGGUGGAACCUUUUCUCACACAACACGCACUUUCGAUACCCACAUUCAGGCUUCUUACAUACCCUGACGUCUUUGGACAAUAAAAGCACAGACGUGGACCUAUAUCCUCAAGAGUUGCCUUAUAUCCCUUCAUCGCGUCUCAGCUUUGUGCGUGGUCUCAACAAGUUUAUCUUGUCACACGACGAGCCCAAUAAAUUUUUCAUCACAUGUACUACACGGGAUUUUAAACCCUUUGAUGGUAUUAGUGGGUAUCCAGAUGUUGAGAACGAUCGAUUCAAAAAUAGUUUAGAUGAGUACGCGCCAUAUUACCCAGAGAAAGACUCCUUUUUCUAUCCCAUAAAAAUAGGAAACUUUACCGAGUAUGAAUAUCGUGCUUUUCUUCGGUUCGUAAUUAAUUCUGGCGAGUUGUCUGGGCUUGGGUGGGGUCCCAUGUGGCAUUAUUCUAGUGAUUUUGAGAGAAAACUUUACAAAAUAGGCUUUUUGUCUGACCGCAAUCCACAACGCGUCAUUGACCAUUACCACCAAGAGAUGGUGUGGCGUUAUGAGUAUAAACGGGCUCGCCAGAAGCAGUUUUUGCUAACAAAACGCCAUGCUAACUUUGUGUCUCAAGGACAUGCUCCUAACUCGAGUGCGAAGCCGUAA